AUGAAGCUCGUCCGGUUUUUGAUGAAGUGCGCCAAUGAGACGGUGACGAUUGAGUUGAAGAAUGGCACAAUCCUCCAUGGCACAAUCACAUCGGUCUCCCCGCAGAUGAACACCUCGCUGCGCACCGUCAAGAUGACCCCCAAGGGCCGCGACCCUAUCUCGCUCGACACCAUUAACAUUCGAGGCUCGACGAUCCGCUACUACAUUCUUCCGGACAGUCUGCCACUGGAUACUCUCCUUGUCGACGACCAGCCGAAGCCUAAGAACAAGGCACGCAAGGAGGCUGACCGCGGCGCUCGCGGCGGCCGUGGUGGCCCUCGCGGCAGAGGCCGUGGACGCGGCCGGGGACGUGGACGUGGAUUCUAA